UGUGACACUCACGAAAUUAUUUUCGGCCUAUGCUCACGAAAGGGCAACAAAGAAAUAAAAAUAACUAACAAAAUAUUACGUGUGAUAAUCUAAUUAAUUACUCAUACUCAUACAGUUACGUGUCCAAGUCAUCCCAGAUGUCCAGUAGAAAAACGAAAUCCCCUGAGAAACCGAAGAAAUCAAAGAAGCCUGGCAAAGAGAAGCCGUCGGCAGACGUUCAUGACUCGGGUCGCUUCGAACACGAAACCGGAGAUGUGUAUGAGGGGGCUUUUGUAGCUAAGAAGAAGGAUCAUGUGGUCAAAAUGCAUGGAGAAGGAGCCUAUACAACAGCUGAAGGGGAUAUUUACAAAGGAAACUGGGACUCCGACAAGCUUGCGACCAACACUGAUGUGAACAUUGACUACAUCGAGGGAUCCAAGUACCAGGGAGCCAUGAAAGAUUGGGCAUACUUUGGCAAAGGGCGCUACCAAUACCCAGACGGUUCAACCCUAGAAGCUGAUUUCUUCGAUAACAUCCCAAUAGGUAAUUUAGCUCUUGAAGACCCCAACGGCCACUCGUGGUUUGGUACCGCAUCGCAGGGCUACGCCUGGUUGCAACCGGCUAAUCAUUAUUAUGAGAAACUGGAGAAGACCGGAAAAACUUACAAGAAGAGGAAUGUGGAUGAAAGUGCUGGUGGUGACGCUGUAAAUAGGGAGAAAAACUCACCGACAAAUAAAACUAAGCUAUCUGAUAAUGGAGAUGUUAAGUGAUGGUAUAGUAGGUAGUUAACUUCGUAUUAUUUAUGUACUUACUUACUAAAUUAUUUGGUUACCAGUGCAAGUCAUAUGAAAAUCAAGUUUUAUUUAAUUUUUGCU